AUGAAUAAGUGGCGAGUAGGAAUACAGAAAGCUACCAUUCAAGCAGUACUCAAUUGUCAAUACACCUUUUCAUCUGACGAAGAUAGUAAAGUUGUACAUCUUGACCGAAACAGCGUUGACGCCGAACUUCUCAAAGUAAAACUUUAUCGUGAUGCGUCAAUUUUACGACGAGAGGUUGUCAAGGAAAAGCAAGAAACGCCUGUUAUAAGAGUAAUUGACGGGGAUUGCCUGGUUGAGGCAAUAUCUUUGAAAAAGCAAGGGUUCAACCCGUUGGUAUUGAACAUGGCUAGUUCAACUAAUCCAGGUGGAGGAUAUAAGUCGGGCGCUGGGGCUCAAGAAGAGAAUUUAUUUCGUCGAACAAAUCUUUUUCAAUACCAUGAACCGAAACGCGAUGAAUGGUAUCCAAUACCGGAAUAUGGAGGGAUAUAUUGUCCAAAUGCGAGUGUUAUACGUGCUAGUGAGCAAGAAGCAUAUGAAUGGUUGGAAGUUCCGGAAACCAUGUCAUUUGUGGCUGUAGCUGCCAUAAAAAAGCCUAAAACAGUAAGGAACGCUAAGGGAGACCUAACGUUAACGGAAGAGGGCAAAGCAAAGACACGGAAGAAGAUCAGAACCAUACUUAAUAUUGGAUUGGAUAAUGGUCAUGAUGCGAUUGUCUUGAGUGCAUUUGGAUGUGGAGCAUUCUCAAAUCCUCCAAAAGCGAUGGCACAACUCUUCUAUGAAGUUCUGUCUAAUGAAUACGCGGGUGGUGAUGAAAAUUUGCCGAAAACUUUUCGACAUAUUUCUUUCGCAAUUUUCGAUGAUAAAAAUGCCAAUAGAAAACAUAAUCCCGAAGGUAAUCUUUUUCCGUUCGAACAAAGAUUUGCUAAUGGAUUAGCAAUUGGUGACAAUUAUUGA